GCCUAUAGGCAGAAGCCGCAGAACACUUGCAGACCGAGAAUGGCAGAAGAAAUGCAAGACAGCGAGCCCAUCACCAAGGGAACGGAGGAGGAGGCGCAAGAAAUCGAGUCCCAGAUAAAGGCCGCCAUGAGCUCCCGCGUUGGCCAUUUCAAAGAACAAGCAGAUUCUUUGACAUUUGAGGGGGUUAGGAGAUUAUUAGAGAAGGACUUGGGGUUGGAGACAUAUGCAUUGGAUGUGCACAAGAGAUUUGUCAAGCAAUUUUUGCUGGAGUGCAUAAAUGCUGCUGCUGAUGACAAUCCUUCCAAGAAAUCUGGGGAAACCAGGGGAAAAAAUGUCUGUUCAACUAAAGGUGAAGCUGCAGAGCCACCUGAAACAGUUAAGUCAAAGAAAGAAGUGAAGGAACCUAGCUCUGGAGAUGAGGAGAAAAUAGAAGGUUCUCCAGUACUAGGUCUAAUGACAGGCCAGAAAAUAGCCAAAUCUGAAACCGAGGAAACUCAAGGCAAGGAAAAUAAAGAAGUUCCCAGUGAAAGCACAAUAAAGAAGGCCAUUAGAAAAAGAGCAUCUUACUUCAAAGCUAAGUCUGAGAACAUUACUAUGGCUGGAGUUCGUCGAGUUUUGGAGGAAGACCUUAAACUAGAUAAAAAGACUCUUGAUCCAUAUAAGAAAUUUAUAAGUGAGCAAUUAGAUGAGGUAUUAAAAUCUCUUCAAGUUUCUAAACCUACUACUGGGGUUAAGAAGGGCAGUCCUAAGAAAAAUUCUCAUAGCCGGGCAUCAAGGAAGACAAGCAGUGAAGGAAGUUCUGAGUCUUUAGAGAGCGAGAGUGAUGAGGAAGAAGUAAAACCUAAAACAAAAAUGGCUCCAAAGGGAAAAGCCCAGAAUUCUGAAGAUCUAAGAAAACGCAAAAGACCUGUGAAGGAAACAAAGAUGCCUAGCAAGAAGCGAAGCAAGACUGCAGAAACAGUAUCAGAGGAUAAUGGUGAUGCAGAAGACAGUGGAAAUGUUUCUGAUGAUGGUCACUCACAAUCAUCCUCCGAAAAACCUGUCAAGAGGAAAGAAGUUUCGGCUCCUGCAUAUGGAAAACGUGUUGAGAAUCUGAAAUCAAUUAUCAAAUCGUGUGCAAUGAGUGUUCCCCCAUCAGUUUACAAGAGAGUCAAGCAGGCACCUGAAAACAAACGCGAGGCCCACCUAAUAAAGGAACUCGAAGAGAUACUAUCAAAAGAAGGAUUAUCUAAAAAUCCUUCUGAAAAAGAUAUCAAGGAGGUCAGAAAGAAAAAGGAGAGAGCUAAAGAACUGGAGGGCAUUGAUACAAGCAACAUUGUCUUAAGUUCGCGCAGAAGGUCCACAAGGAGUUUUGUAGCUCCUCCAAAGCCCAAAAUACCAGAUGAAAGUGAGAGUGAAGAUGCUGAAGAUACUGAUGACGACGACGACGAUGAUGAUGAUGACGAGGAAGAGGAGGAGGUUGAGGAUGAAGAAGAUGAUGGUGGAGAGGAUGAUGAUGCCAGCCAGAGUGAAGAGCUUAAUGAAGACAAUGCUGGGGACAGCGAUUGAAUCCUGCAUAAGCUGACUCGCAAAGGUGAUUAAUAGCCAGAGCUUCUAUGGUUUAGAUAGAAAGAUGAAUCAUGUGCAUUCCCUGUACUAUUAUUUCCUUUUGUUUUAUAUUAGAUGUGGAGGUAGGUGGCCUUUGAUGGAUAAUUUGUACUUGGCUAUUCCUUAGGAGUUUUUAAUCUUGCCGGUUUAAGGGUUAUUUCUGCUCAAAGGAAAGAAAUAGCAUCAGUUAUUCGUUGAGAGUACUGUACAAUUUUCUCUAUCAUAUUCAGUGACAAAUUUAUGGAUUGAUCUAGGUGAAUAUUUUGUUCUUUUAUGAUGAAUACUAAGAAUUGAAUCCCUGGUUGGAAAACUCA